UCUACAUAUAUAUCUAGCCAUCGGUGCAAGGUGCGAAAUUUUGGACAAACAAUGUCCGCGCCGUCGUGGAGAUGACCGACUCGCUCGUCGGCGAGUGACGAAGUCCGGUGUCAAAAUGUGAUUGACACUCGCGCGCGACGAGUUUCUGUCAACAUAUUCCAUUCUGGAUCUCCGCGAGACGAAGAGGAAUAUACAUAUAAUCCGACAAUACGUAAAAAGCCAUCAAUGGCGGUGACGGCGAACUCCUUCGAUACCUGGCUCAGCAAGAAGCUGCAAGAGCUCAACACGGACGAGGGUGUUUUCGGUACGUACAUCAAGGGCAUCCUCGAGAGCGACGAGUCGCAGGACGAGAAAACCGAGGCGCUCGAGAGCAUACUCUCCGGAAUAACGGAGGAUAAUAUUAAUAAACAUGUAGCAGAAAUCUUAAGUGCAUGGACAGAAUGGUUGCCAGCUAAAGAUAUAGCUGCAGCAUCUCUACCAACGGAAGAUGUUGAUGUCAGAUUGGCUAAGAUGUUGGAAUCGCAGAGUCUACCUACAACGACGCAAAGAAGUUAUACAGAGGAAGAGAGACGAAUACGGGAAGCUAUACUAGCACAGUAUAGUCAAAUGUCUGAUGAGGAGAAUAGCGAAGGAGAGAAUAGAGAAGAGGAUGGAGCAAGCGGUGGAGACUGUGGAAUUGAAAAGAAUUUGAAUGCAGCGACUAUUGUACAACAAGAAAGAGAAAAGAGAGAAAAAGCCAAGCUUGAAAGCCAGAAAAAGAAAGAGAAAGAUAAAGAAGACAGGUAACAAAAUGAUUGUAGCAUUAUAUUCAAUAAAUAUGUUUGUGCCUAUUAUGUAUAGCAUAAUAAAAUUGAUAAAUUUUCUUUAUCUUUCAGAGAAAAGCAAAAACAAUUGAAAGAAGAGAAGAAAGAAAAAGGAAAACUCAAAAAGGAGAAAGACGAAGGUAGCAUCGAAACAAAAGCAAUGCAAGAUUUACCUCAAAAUUAACGAAUACAUAUAUGCUGCUGUAUUCGUAUACGUCUAUCUUUAUGUCGUGCAUGCAACGAUCUCCGACAGUUAUUUAAGUCAUCCAUCUUAUAUUUCAUUAGAACGAUAUGUAUGUAGUAUUCAUGUCGUUAGAAGACGCAUUUGUAGUCUCAAUAUGAAACGCAUUCAUCACAAAAAGAUAUCUUCUAUGAUAUAAUAUUGGAUCAUCCUGUGCCUUCUGUCUAAAACAUCUCAUGCGAAAGGUUUGUUACUUAUACUCCUUACUAUCCUUUUUUAUUAUUUUUUAACAAUAAUUUUGUAAUUUGCAUUCAGAACUUUCCCCAUGCCAUAUAUAAUAUUGUUGCUACAAAAAUUUAAUAGUUUCACUAUUAAAUGCAAAACGUAAUCCAUGUAUAUUCAAGUUCUGAAUACAAUGUCAUUUUCGUCUCUUGAUACGCUUAGCGCAUUGUGUUAUAUCUUAUACGAAUUAUGUAUUUAAUAUGUUAAAUAAACUAUUUAAAUCGCUGAUA